AUAAACCUCAGAGAUAGGUUUUUAGGUUUGGGGAGUUUCAGCAGUGGGGAUAUGGCGAAGGAGUUGUUGAGUCUUGAAGAUGGCACAACCUGCACAUCUUGGAACUACUCUGGCUCCAGACUCGCUGCGGGUUCCGCCGAUGGCACGCUUUCAAUCUUCGAUUCCCGCCACCCACCUUCUUCUUCCUCCCUCCGCACUACUUUCAAGUCUAGGGUUGUUGAAGGAAACAUCGUGAAGAUUGUUUGGGUUCCACCAGAGUAUGGCGAUGCAGUUGCGUGUAUAUCUGCCGAUGGAAUUGUGUCAUUGUGGGAGGAGGUUGCAAUUGCAGAAGAUUCCCAGUCUCUUCAGUGGAAGAUUUGCAAAAGCUUUGGAAACAGUUCGGGCAAAGUCCUUGAUGUUCAAUUUGGAAUCUCUUCGACUAGUUUGAAAAUGGUUGCUGCAUAUUCGGACGGUAAUGUAAGAGUUUUUGAGCUCUUGGAUCCCUUGGAACUGAGAAACUGGCAGCUUCAGGCUGAAUUUCAAAAUGUUAUUGAGUCAGUGUCUGAAUUUGGAAAAGCUUCAUGCCUUUCUGCGUCCAUAUCUUGGAAUCCACAAAAAGGUGGAAGCCAGGAAUCCUGCUUCCUUAUAGGUUUUAAUUCAAAUACACCAGAGCUUAAUUCUUCUAAGGUAUGGGAAUUUGACCGGGCUCAUCAAAGAUGGCUUCCAGUGGCAGAACUGGCCAUGCCCGAGGACAAAGGUGAUCUGGUUUAUGCUGUUGCAUGGGCACCGAAUAUUGGCAGACCGUACGAGAUCAUUGCGGUUGCAACUCAGAAGGGAAUUGCUAUAUGGCAUCUUGGAUUGAACCCUGAUCACGAUGGAAGGCUCCCAAUAGAGAGAGUUGCACUACUGUCAGGUCAUGAGGGCAUGGUGUGGCAAAUGGAGUGGGAUAUGAGUGGAAUGACGUUGGCAACCACAGGUCAUGAUGGAAUGGUCCGAUUAUGGCAGUCUAAUCUCAAUGGCGUUUGGCAUCAGCAAGCUGCAUUUGAACCCACUUCUUAGCCACUCGUCACCAGUUAUCCCAGCUGUUUUAUGUGGAAAACAAAUCUCUUAUGGGCUCUGGAGAGAAGGUUGAACGAUCUCAGUCUGUUUUUUAAUGAUAACCGAUAUUUAAACCUCAUUCAAUUUGUUGCAAAUUGUAAGCUGGCAAUGGCAUGGGUUCUCUCUCUCCUUUUGUUUUAGCCCCCUAAGUUUUAACUAUUGAAUCGGAUGACAUGUAUUCUGUUGUAAUUUAGGUGGACAAUAUUCUGGUGUUACAUGAAAGCCGUAAUGCCAGAUGGCUUUUCCUUGCCCACGACGAAGUAUGCUGCCGUUUGUACAAAUUAGACAUUCGCUUCCGUGUAGCAUGUUAACGAUAAGAUUUUCCUCAA